CUUCCCCUUUCUUCUGCAAACCCAGAUCUGGAGUGGACGCUCGAUAAACAAAAUUUUCUGUAAGGACCAGAUUGCGGUUCUCUUCUGUAGGGCUGACUCGGCGAAGCUCUGUUUGUUCUGCGACCAGCAUGUGCACUCCGCGAACCUGCUUUCGCGGAAGCACUUGCGGUCUCAGAUCUGCGAUAACUGCGGUUCUGAGCCAGUUGCGGUUCGGUGCGCGACGGAUAAUUUGGUUCUGUGUCAGGAGAGUGAUUGGGAUGCGCACGGGAGCUGUUCUGUGUCUUCCGCGCAUGAGCGGACUCCGGUUGAGGGGUUCUCCGGAUGUCCUUCGGUUCUGGACCUGGCGUCUGCCUGGGGGCUUGAUGAUAGGACUUCCUUGGGUUGAAAAUAAUAUGGGCCACGAUUCAUGUUAUGGGGUUACAAGAUUCGGAGUUUGUAGAGCAAAAUCUAAUCCCUGAUUCUUGUGUUGUAGAUGGAUCUGGGUUUGAUAGAGGAAGACCCAGAUCUGGGUUUGCAGUAGUGAAAAGGAAAGGACUUCGAGUGACGAGAAGAAGGCACAAGCUCUGGGUCUUUCCCUGGGUUUUCGGCUCUUGUGCGAUGAACAUCGAUGGCUGCAAUGGCCUUGCGUGUCUCACCAAGAUACCGUUUGGGCCAGAGUCGACGAUUACACCAUUACCCCACAUGUUUGUAAUUAAGAAUCUUGUGGUGGACAUGACCAACUUCUACAACCACCAUAAGAGCAUCGAGCCGUGGCUCAAGAGAAAAGAUCUGCAGCUGGUCACUGGGAAGGAGAUUCUUCAGAGCAAGAAGGAUAGAGCGAAGUUGGAUGGGAUGUACAAGUGCAUCCACAACUUUCCUUGCUCAUCCUUCUUCUUUCUUCUCUUUAUUCUUUCUCUCUCUCUUCUCCCUUCUUCUUCUUCUCCAGAUCUGGGUUUUUCUCAAACCCAGAUCUGGGUUUCUCAAACCCAGAUCUGCCUGCCAUUUCCUCUGAUUCUCGUUUCCUUCAUUGCUUUAGGAAGAGCAUUGUUUGUUGAUGGUCAUCUAAGUUCGUUCAUUUACAUAACAAGAAACUGAUUCCAAUUCUUUCCACAGUUACUAGAUUUGUUGUUUGCUCUUUGUUUUUUGUUUUUUUUUUUUUUUUGCUAGUUGCCCUGUUUGGUUGCUAAGAAACAACAAGAUACAACUGCAAUGGAUUUUAGUGAUGCAGCAUCUUGUUUUCUUUUGAUUUUGAUUGUGAGCAAUUUUGAGUUGUCAGCAAUAUUGGGUCGCAGAGGGUGCUGGAGAAGGCUGGGUUUACAAGGGAAGGGGUUUUGAGGAAGUAUUAUACGCUCAAGGGAAGAACAAGAGAACCCAGAUCUGGAGAUGAAGAAGAAGGGAGAAGAAAGAGCGAAAGAAUAAGAAGAAGGGAGAAGAAAGAGCGAAAGAAUAAGAAGAAGGAAGGAGAAGGAUGAGUAGGGAAAGGAAGGAGGAAGGUCGAUA